UCAUGACCAGAGAGAGAGCGGCCUCCUCCUGUCUUCAGAUGUCUCUCACCCACCCGUCUCCUCCUCAGGGGGAGAGAGAGGGCAGACAUCCCUCUCCCCCUCCUCCUCCUCCUGCAUCCUUGCUCCCUCCUCUCCUCACGAGCCUGAGGAUGAGUAAUCCAAGCAGGGAGGAAGAGCGAGAGCUGCAGACGGAAUGAGGGAGGGAGGAUGCCAGCAUCAUCAUCAUCAGUGAACGUGCAGAGGCAGAGGAUGAAGAUUCAAACCCCUCCUGCAGGUCUCUCACUGCUGAGCGCCGUCCACCCGGGGAUGGCUAAUUCCUGGAGUGGGAGAGAAUCAGCUGAGUGAAUAUUUCUGCAUGCUGGUGGAUUUCACCUGCACUGGCUAACUCCUGGAGAGUGUGUGCAUUUGCAUUUGUCUGUACGUGACUAAUAUCUGGAAGAGCUGGAGGGAGACGUGUUUUUCUGGAUGCUGCUGGUCUAAUUCCUGGAAGGGAGGCUCAUUGACGUAUGCUUUAAAACUGUGGGAUAAGACUAUUUCCUGAACAGUAAGCCGCCGCUCUGUGCUUCCACAUGUGACGUUUCAGAGAUCUGGCUAAUAUCUGGAGUCUUUUAUUGUAACAGUGCCUCACUGCCCUACAUUCACCUCACACACACAAACACACAGACACACUGCGCCUGGAACCUGGUUAAUCUCUGGACCAGCGUGUCUGGCAUGUUCUGCUUCUGCCUGCAGAGUUCCCUGCAGAAGCUCCAGGCUCUGGAGGUGGAGGGGGGGACAUCACUGGGGUCAUCCCCCGAGGAGAGCCCCCCUCCUCUGGGCAGCAAGGAGCAGAAGAGCCCCCGAGGUCGGGCCGAGAUCGGAGGGAAGGAGGCGAAGACGCUGGCGCUCUGUCACGGUGUCCCUGCAGACGAGAACAGCCCGCCAGAGCUGCUGACGUUCCUGACCAGACCGCCGCAGUCCCCGCGACACCCACCGUUAACCGCCAUCCACCCCGGCCAGCAGCCCCCGACCCCCGACGUAGUGCCGCCGCCGAGCCCUCACCACUCCCCCUACUCUCCUCAGAGGAGCAGCCCCGGAGGUGAAGGAGGACACGGCUCAGAUGGAGGCGGAGCUCUCCUCCAGCUGCUGGCGGGCGGCGCCAGCCCCCUGCCCUCCCCCCGCUGCUCCAGCCCAUGUCAGAGGUUUAACUCGGACCCGGACUCCGCCCCGUCGCCACCGUGCAGCCAGCAGUACAUCCUGUGUCGGGGCGACAGGACGCAGGACUCGGAGGGCGAGCGUCCCUCGUCCGUGCCCUUCCUCACCAGACACAUCCAGACCCUGAAGAAGAAGGUCCGCAGGUUUGAGGACCAGUUUGAGCAGGAGAUGAACUACAAGCCGUCCCACAACGACAAGUACUCGAACUCCGAGAUGAUCCGAGUGAUGGGCGAACUGGCCAAGGCUCGCAAGCAGCUGAAAGAGGUGAGACUCAGGCAGUCGGUGUUCGAGUCGAAGGAGCAGGAGAACGCAGACGUCUGCAGGUACGGCGCGGGGCAGCAGGGGGCGUCGGAGCACAAACCGGCUCUGGAGGAAACGGUGGAGUCUCUGUUCAGGCGGCUGAGAGAGAAGAGGCAGGCGCUGGGUCUCCCUGACAACAUGAAGGAGAUGACUCAGGCUCAGAUGGUGUUGGAGAAAAUCACUCUGCAGAAAUGUCUGCUGUACUUCGAGAGUCUGCACGGCCGGCCGGGAACGAAGCAGGAGAAGAACCUGGUGAAGCCUCUGUACGACCGAUACCAGAUGAUCAAACACUUGCUGUGUGCCAGCCCCACCAUCAGCACUAUCGAGGAAGAGGAUGGUUCGGAUGAAGACUGCGUGAGUUCGAUGGCCGUCGAUGAGCUUCCUGUCCCGCCGCCUCGCAGAUCGGCCCAACCAGCAGCCGGCGAGGAGGACAGCGACCGGGACAGCGACCCGGCCUUCGUGUCGCCGUUAGACGAGGUGAAAGCCGUCCGCCAGCAAGCUGCUCUCACCACAGCGAACCUGCACGAAGCCUCCAGGUCUCAGCUGCUGGACUGUCUGCGGGAGACCCGGGCCGAGAAGAAGGCGAGGCGGAAAGUCCUGAAGGAGUUCGAGGACGAGUUUUACCGACAGACCGGGAGAAUCUGCCAAAAAGAGGACCGAACUCCGAUGAAGGAGGAGUACCAGGAGUACAAACAGCUGAAAGCCAAACUGCGCCUGCUGGAAGUCCUCCUCAGCAAACAGGAAGUCGCCAUGUGAGGAAGACCUGAGUUAAACAGAGCCAGCAUCACUUCUCCCAGUCUGGAGGGAAACUCGUGAACGUUCCUUCAGUUUUCCUCACACGUUGAGCUUUUUCAUAUAAACUGAAUGUGCUCGAGUCCAGGUGGAAGCUUUACUGUGACGAUAGUGGAGGACGUGACAAAAGUUCAAAUGAAGCUAAAAGUCACAAAGUUUGUGUUUGUUAACCGUGUGAAACACACUCAGAAAAGCAAUAAGAUCAACAAACAGGAGCUUGAUGCUGAAAGACGGCAGAAACCUCCUGAAACGUGCUCAUUGGACACAAACCAGGAGGGCGGAGUUUAGCCGGUGUCACGAGACAAAACAUCAGCUGUUUGUUUAAAGCGACCGCGUCCUUCUGCUUUAUGGUUGUUUUGCAGAAAUUCCACCUGAAAUAUUUAAUAUAUAAAUGAUUUUAUUGAUAUUAGUGCUGAGCUCAGUGAAUUCAACACGUGUUGAAAUCAAAUGAUGGAAAACGUCUCUCUGGAGGUUAAAUCUAGUCUGUAAAUCUUUCAGCGUGUCGUCGCGCCUGAUCACAUGUUAGAGCUACAAACUAGGGCGGGGUAUCCUCACUGAUUUCUAGAAUCGAUUUUAAUCGAUAAAUCGAUCAUCAGAACCCAGCCCUACUACAAACUGGAUGUUCGUCCAGAGGUGGAGGCUUCACAGGCAGACACCACCAGCAGACCCGGAGUCGCUGCUGAACACGACUUCUUUAAUCAUUCAGGUGUUUCUGUUUGUUCUGAUGACUUUUAGCACUGAAGCUACCAAAACGUGUUCGGGUUAAGUUCACAGAGUUAACCACAGAUGGGGCCAUUUUUGGUGAGCGCACACUGAAUCUUCUCAUUUCAUUGAUUUAUUUUGUUCUGUCAGUUUUGCUGAGAUCUGGUGUGUGUUGCCGUGGAGAUGGAGGAAAUGAAGCGUUUACGUCACUUUAUCUGAAGCGGGACGUUCAGGCGUCAGACUCGUGCCGGUGCAGAUGUAUUUAUGUCAGAGCACUUUAUGCUGAAAAAGGACAUUUAAUUUUUUUCAGGUUGCUGUUGUAGCGACGGGUGGCUGCUGGAGUCUGUCGCGGUGCAGGCGGAGUCAGGCGGAUGCAGGCGGAGCUCCUGUAGAAAAGAGAGCCUGCAGGGCAAGUAGCUGAAAACUGCAGAGCUCUUUAAUGUCAGAAGAAAACCCACUGUGUGCGUUCGAGGAAACUGUCAGAACAACCGAGCGAAAAGCUUCCUGUUUUGCACAUUACACUCUCAGCAUGUCGGCGGCGUUCCCGGGAUUUAAGGUCAGUAUUCAGAGCAGAAUCCAGCCUUUUCCAAACACUCCUCCUGAAACAUGAGAUGUUCCGUGUUUCCCCGACGUCUCUGGUGAAUCGUGUUAAUGUUGUCGUUUGAAUCUUAAGGUUGAGCCUCGCGCUCUGAACGCUGAGUGCACGUCCGUGUUUGACACACACAGGCUGCUGUGAUCAUGAACUCUGUCCCGUGUUGUGCAAUCCUGGUUGAAAAGCAUCUAUACAGACAAAUACUGAAUAAAUAUUUUUGCUACCAA